AUGAAUGGUGACCGGUUGCCGCCGCCGCCCUGGUCAGAGCAGAAGUAUCCGAAUCUGCCUCAGGUGCCAAAGUUUGCACCGGUAGAUUCUUGGGUCGCCUUCGAGAAUGCAGCAGCCGAGACGACGGCGAGGAUCCGCUCUGGACUGAGUCUGCCAUCCUCACCUGAUGCCAAGGGAGGGAGCUCACGAGCGCGCCGCCGCUACGGCAGCGAGCCGCCCCCGUCCCCUGGCAUGCGCUGGCCCGGCUUCUCGCCCCGAGCACGACUCUGGCGCCUCCCCCCUGUGAUCCAGCAGCUCGAUCAGUCGUCUCGGCUGGCAGGGGUGGAGCUCCCGCAGCCACCUCUACCGCCAGUGGCAGGCGAGUUGCGGCUGCGCUUGGAGGCUUUGGAGCAACUGCACCGAGAGAGUCGGGAGCAGAAGACUUCGAGCCUGGCACUGGAGCUCGAGAAGACUCGAAGUGCCUACCUGGUGAUCCAGACAGAGCUCGAGCAAAAGUCUGAGCAGCAGGCUCUCCUCGAGAGGGAAAUUGCUGACCUGAGGCUGGAGAUCGAUAGGGUGGGUCAGGAUAAAGACGGUCUGCAACAGGCUUUGGAGCUUCUGGAAGAAUCGAAAUCCCAAGCUCUUCAAGAGCGGAGUCACUUGGAAGAGGAGUGCCGGCGCCUCUCGGAAGCUCUGAAGGCAUCCGAGAGAAAAGAGCGGCAGCUCGAGAGAUCAAAAUCUCAGAGUAAGGAGCUCCUAGAGCAGAAGGAAAGGCAGCUCAAGCAGCUGCAAUCAGAUUCUCGCAGCCUUAAGGCCACUCUUGCAGAGCGGGAAAGAGCGGAACAGGCGGGUCGGGAGGCCCAGAAUCAUCAAACAAAACUGGUGGCCCAAAAGCAGCGAGAGAUCGACCAGCUCACGGAAGAGAACCGGCUCCUGCGCGUGGAGUUGGAAGGCUUCGAGGAAGAGCGGUCCCGAGUUGUCGUGCUUGAGCGAAACACCCGCCAGUCACAGGAGGAACUCAGACAAUCGCAGGAAGAGCUCAGACAGUCCGAGGAGCACCGCCAGGUG